ACUCGGCUCAUUCCCCUUCCACUCCCCUCCCCUUUUCAUUUUCCGCAGCCUUACGGACUUAUGUCCUCGGUGCCGCGCCGCUCAUUUCGUUUUUACCCUUCCUACGCGAAUCUGUUCGCUGAUUUCGGUCCCUCUGCGUCGCACAUGUGGUCCCGUGCGAGACGCACACAGCAUCGAAUAGGUUGGACAGUGUCAAAAGUUCCGUGAUCGUGGGGGUGGACGUUGGCCUGACAAAGAGAGACAAAGUGACUGGCCCAUCGGAGUGCGGCAAAGAGGGAGCCGAGGAGAGUGUGUCGUUUACAAACCGUAAGGGUGGGGGAGCAGCAGUACGCAUUUCGAAGAGAGAAACGUACGCGAGAUCGUGUGCAUUCUCGACGAAACGGUUCUCUUUUUUUUCUUCUUCCCUCUUUCGUCGAACCUUCGCUCGCGGAUCCAAGUUUGUUGAUCCUACAAGACCGCGCGUAUCAAGGCUCUGUGAAUCGUCGUCUUCAAUGCGGAUUAUUAAUUGCUGUUCCGUCCCACUGUCGUGAAAACGUCAUUCUUAGAAAGCGACAGAUGCAUGAAUGGAGGAAAGUGCUUUUGUGUACGGGGAAGCAUGCGGAACACCGUGAAUCGGGAUGUGGAGUCAGUAGCCAGUCUAAAAAUUAUGAACGGUCCGUGACAAUGCGGGAGAAGAAAGGAGGAGCCCUUAGUAGAGUACAAAAGCUGAGAAAACGACUUAGCCACAGUUUUGGGAGACUUUCAAUAUCAAAAGAAGAGGCUGAUGAUGCAGCAAACAGAGGUCAACUGCCAUAUAAUGGCUAUUCCGAGGAGUUCCUAGACCGUUUGGAGCCAAACGGUAAUAUACCUACAGAUAAGCGGGAAUAUGAAUGGACAGGUGUGGGCGACCAUGAGAGAGUGCAUCGGCAGCUUUCCGUUUCUAGUGAUUCCAAGCUUCUUGACGAGGAUAUACGCGAAGAAGCUAGAGUUAUAUUACGACCUCGGCGUCCACCGCGACCUAAGUCUGAGGUCUUCCUUGGGCCGGAUCCACCUCCUAGAAGAACCAAAAGAUUUUCAGCUUUUGGGGGCGAUUCUCCUUUCGGCAAAUCCGAAGCUUAUAUAAAACUGGAACCAUUAGGGGAAGGAUCGUAUGCCACAGUGUUCAAAGGUUAUAGCCACCUUACAAAUCAAAUGGUGGCGCUUAAAGAAAUUAGACUGCAAGAGGAAGAAGGUGCUCCAUUUACUGCCAUUCGCGAGGCAAGCCUUCUUAAAGAAUUGAAGCAUAGCAAUAUUGUAACCUUGCACGAUAUAAUUCAUACGCGGGAGACCCUUACUUUUGUUUUCGAGUAUGUUCAUACUGACUUGUCUCAAUAUAUGGAGAGCCAUGGAACUGGUAACGGUGGUUUAGAUCCUCGAAACGUUAAAUUGUUUCUGUUCCAAUUAUUAAGAGGACUAGCGUAUUGUCAUAGGAGGAGAGUAUUACACAGAGAUGUGAAGCCUCAGAAUUUAUUAAUCAGUGAGAUUGGAGAGCUGAAGUUAGCAGAUUUUGGUCUAGCUAGAGCUAAAUCUGUACCUUCACAUACGUAUUCGCACGAAGUAGUGACCUUGUGGUACAGGCCACCUGAUGUUCUUCUGGGUUCCACAGAUUAUUCUACCUCGCUUGACAUGUGGGGUGUAGGUUGCAUAUUUAUGGAGAUGUUGACUGGUGAACCGACAUUCCCAGGUGUACGCUGUACAUAUGACCAACUUGAUAAAAUAUUCAAAGUAUUGGGUACCCCUACCGAAGAAACUUGGCCCGGUGUCACGCGUUUGCCGGGAUACAAACCGCAUAGACUGGGAUUUUAUCCUCUACGAAAAUUGGGUCUUUCGUUUCCUAGACUCUACGACAUCACUGAAGGUGAUAGUAUGGCGUCGUCGCUUCUACAACUAAAUCCUGAUCAACGGAUAGGAGCUGAAGAAGCUUUAAGGCAUCCUUAUUUCUCCACCCUUCCUAGAAAACUAUUCGAGUUGCCUGAUGAAGUAUCGAUAUUUAGCGUUGAAGGUUGUCAUUUGUAUAAAAAUUCGAAGGACCUGCUUGCAUAUUCGCGUUACACAUCUCUUAAGACUUGAGGUCAAAAGUGGACAUGAAAGGAAGUAAAGAAUAAGUAAUCCCCAAAAUUCACAUGUUCAGUGAUGAAAAAAACGUACAUUCUGAUACAGAUUCAGAUUCACAGAAGCGGAUUCGCCUCGAUUCACUUAAACAUCAUUUCCACGCGCGUCGUUCGUUCUUUCUCAGGGCUGUUCCAUAAAUUCCAAUCAUUGUUCACGGACACUCACAGGACAACAUGCGUACAGACGGUUACGAGCUUUCGUUCUUGUUUUCUUCUCAUAUUUUUUCUCUCUCUUUUUAAAGAAAAAAAAAUAGAGUACUUACUUGUAUUAAGCGGAUUAAUAACGAACGAUAAAUUGUAACUUGGCAAAGGAAAUAACGAAAGUAAGCUAUUUGUGGCUAAAUGAAGCAAAAACGAUUUUAUGAGAUUCGCACGCUCGAUUUAGAAAGCAAAAGCACGCACGACCCAUCCUCGCACUUCGUCCAAAUACUAGAUUUAGAUUGAUACCAAUCAAAAGAAGAAAAAAGAAAAUAAAAAGUACUAUACCGCCUUGCGUCUCUCGACCCCAGCCUAAGUCAAAUUUCGUGUUGGCGGUUGCUGGUUAGAGGAAAGAAGAUAUUAAUGAGAUAAUUAUAACUUAGAAAAAUUCUGGAAGAUCUGUAAUACUUUAUAUAAAUUUUAUGCUGUUUUUUGAAUCUACUGUUGGUUGCUGAGACAAUUGAAUAUAUUGGUAUGUAACGAGAAAUAAAAAUCAUUGUUCUAAUUAAACUCUAGUUGUUAACUAUAUGAACGUGAUCGUAGGAAAUAAAUAAAUAGAAACCUAAGAGAAAAAGAGAGAAGAAUAGGAUAUCAGUAUGUCUCAAGUGUCGUAGCCACCAACACCAAAAUGAAACACGGCAAGACUUACGAAAAAACUUUAUUGCUGAUAAUAUCGACGGUAGUGAUCUAGUUGUAAGAAUUAAUAUUAGUAUACUAGCGUCGAUCGAAGUUUAUAUCGACAUUACAAAGUAGUUGUCUAUCGAUGAUAGUAAAUCGAGAACGAAGUAAUAAUUUUAGACUUAAUCGAGUCCAAUUUGUUCAAUCGCUGAUAUACUAAAGAAGAGGGAAAAAAGAAAACCAAACCGGUCAAUGGUGCUUGAACGAAUUGUAGGAAAAUGAAACAUUAAUAAUUUUCAUAUUAGUGGUUUAGAAAAAGAAUCGUUCGGCGAAUUUUCUUUACUAAAAUAUGGUCCUUUCGAGACCAUGUAUCUAAACGAACCAACUUUAAUAACGUUGCAAUAGUAAUAUUUAGGAUAACGUAAAACGGUGUUACAGUCCUUCCGAGUUUUGUCUAAGCUACGACGAUUACUACGGUAAUAUUACUCCUUUAGUAGUUACAUUUAUACCGAUUUUUCAACACACUUAUAAAAAUAUCAACGAGACGAAAGCAAAAAAAGAUGAAAAAGUAUUUCGAAGGAAUUUGAGACACGCGUUAUUACUACUAUUAUUAAUUAUUACGAUUAUUAUUUGACAAAAGACGCGCAGAAAGGUAGAUUGUACAUAGAAGAAAAAAAACACACAGGUUCGUAUCAUUGUAAUAAUAUAAUUGUAAUAAAUUAAAUCGUAGUUCGGUACACUUUAGACCCCUGUUUCUUCGUUAGGUUUUCCAUGUGCAACCAAGCUGCAGAAUCGUUUUAGACUUUUAAGUGUAAUAUAAUGCAAAGCCACUUGUAUUUGUAGUACUUACUCUGCUUAAGUAUUGAUUUUAUACACGUUUAUUUCCUUAUGAUUAUAUAUUUUAUUUGUAAUUUUUCUAUGAAAACAUUGAUAUUCGAAUUGCUUCAAACUUGUACUGAGAAAGAUAAAGAACUAUGUUUUUGAAA